AUGGCGGACCUGGAAGCUGACGAGAAAUCCGUGCCCAUCCGCACUGUAGGAGGUCGGCCAGUGUCGCCCGUCAACCUGGACGAAAAGCGCGCUUCGGUGUCAUCUACUCGGGCCGCGCAAAGGAUCCUCGCGCACAGCAACGAUGCCGACGAGGCCAUGAAAGCAUUCGCCCGCGGCGAGGUGGUGGAAAUCGACGAGGCCACCAGCAAGCGUUUACUCCGCAUCAUCGACUGGCAUCUCAUGCCGCUCAUGUGUGUGAUCUAUGGCUUGAACUACCUGGACAAGACCACCUUGUCGUAUGCCAGUAUCAUGGGCAUCAAGAAGGACAUCGACCUCAAAGGCGACGACUAUCAGUGGCUGGGGAGUAUGUUCUACUUUGGCUAUCUCGCAUGGGAGUAUCCGACGAAUCGACUGCUCCAAAGGCUGCCUCUUGCGAAGUACUCGGCUUUUUGCGUCGUCGCCUGGGGAGCCGUGUUGGCUUUAUUCGCGACGGUGUCAAAUUUCGGAGGGGCGGUAGCUAUCAGAUUCUUCCUGGGUGUCUUCGAAGCUGCCGUCACACCGGGCUUCGCCCUCUUCACCUCUCAAUGGUACACCAAACGCGAACAGGGCACACGCACGGGGAUCUGGUUCUCCUUCAAUGGCUUCGGGCAGAUCUUUGGCGGCUUGGUCUCGUACGGCAUCGCAGUCGGGGCCCGCAAGCACGGCACCGCCAUUGCUCCAUGGAAGAUUGUCUUCUUGGUCAACGGCUGUCUCACCGCCGCACUGGGCGUUGUCUUCUUCUUCGUCAUGCCGGACAACCAGCUCAACGCGCGGUGGUUGACGCCGCGUGAUCGCGUUCUGGCGGUCGAGCGGGUCCGGGUCAAUCAGCAAGGAAUCGGUAACAAGCAUUUCAAAUGGUACCAGAUGAAGGAGGCCCUACUCGACCCGCUGACGUGGGCUUUUGUCUUUUAUGCUUUGGUGGGCGAUAUCCCCAAUGGAGGUAUAUCCAAUUUUUUUUCGCAGCUGAUCGUCUCGUUCGGCUACACUCCUGAAGAAUCUCUGUUGUACGGCACGCCCGGCGGUGCAGUCGAAGUGGUCUCGCUCAUGUUCUGCGGCUGGCUGGGCGAUCGUCUCGGGCAACGGCUCUUGGUGUCCAUGUCUGGCCUGAUCGUCGCAUUGCUCGGCAUGAUCCUGAUCGUCGCGCUGCCGCUGGACAAAAACUCGGGCCGUCUGGCGGGUUACUAUCUCACGCAAGCGUCGCCGGCGCCGUUUGUCGCGCUGUUGAGUCUGGUCGCCACCAAUGUGGCGGGAUACACCAAGAAAACGACCGUGGCGGCCCUCUACCUCGUCGGUUAUUGUGUCGGAAAUAUCAUCGGGCCCCAGACGUUUCGGCCCAAGGAUGCUCCGAGAUACGUCCCUGCCGAGAUCACCAUCAUUGUCUGUUGGGGCGCGUGUCUGAUUGAUCUGGUUUUCAUCUGGUGGUGGUGCAAGCGUAUGAACAAACGCAAGGUUGCAAUCAAGGCUGAACCGGGCUAUGUCAAGCUGGAAAACCAGGAGUAA